AUGGAAAGAAAAAAGGAAACGAAACCCCUUACUCUUCUUCAUCGUCGAGCCGAGGUCAUCCGGUCCAAGCCACACCAUAAAGCCACAGGAAGCUCAAGUGGCGUAACCUUACAGGGCCCCAAGUCGAAGUCGAUGAUGACAUUGAUCUUGAAACUCAAUGAUGAUCAAAUUACAAAAUAUCCAAACACCAAAAAAGCCACCAAAAAGUCUAAUAAUGAAGUCAAAUACUGUUCAGACAGAUGCCGGAAUCGGAAACCGGGAAAACUGGACAAAAAGAUUGAGCAAACUAUUGUGGCACUUUUAGAUCAAGAGAAAGAAUCCGGACUAGAGAAGACUGGCGCCAAGGAUCGUUUUGUGAAAGGAGAUCAUCGUAUUAUUGUUACCUGUGAUGAAAUUGAAGAGAUUGUAUUUGGAAGUCGAUUUGAUCCUGAAAAGGUUUACGGGAGAAGGAAAAACCGAAAAAGUCGAGCAAUUGGAGGAGCGAAUGCUGAUGCAGAAUGGAAAACUGUUGAUAUGGAAAGUAGUGAGGAUUCGGCGAGCGAGGACGUCCCUCCUCAGCCCAUGGAUAAUAAAAUCGGCCCAAUUAUACGUCCACCCCAAACAGAGUCAGAUGUCAACUUUAGCAUUGGAGGCGAGAGGGGUAGGGCCGAGAGAACGGAGGAAUCGGCUUCUGAUAUACAGAAAAAGAAUGAUGGCCAGAGACAGGCCGAGGAGAGGGAGAUGGUUCGACGGGCAGCUAGAAGGGCUGUUGUCUUUGGUUUCGUUGUUGAACAGCCUUUGGAAACCGUUUCAUCUCAGGCUUCCAAAGGCUCGAAGCACAAAAAGUCGGUUAGCUGGGAGGAGAACGUUGCGAAGGAAUCCAUCAAACGCAAGUGUGAGGCUUUGAUGCAAGGCUCAGUAGUUGAGCCAAGUUUUGCUAAAGGGAAUUGGUCUAUUAGAUGGCGGGAGUAG